AUGUGGCGACAAGCAGCCAUCGUUGAAGAGGUUCUGAAGAUCAAUCCACGGCUUGCUACGAGUUUGGACUCGAGAAAUUCGUCGCCUCUUCACAUCGCAGCUGCGGAGGGGAGCCUCGAGAUAGUGAAGAAUUGUUUUGGUGGACAGUUUGAUGAAUUUCUGGAUGCAAAGGAUGAUGAUGGGGAGACAAUAUUGCAUUUGGCUGCUAGGUCCAAUCAACCAAAAGAGAGGCGGUACAAAACGUUCAAGGAGCUUACACGGAUGAAGGAAAUGCACAGGGACCUUCAAACCAACGAGCUUGUAGCUUCCGAAGAAGUGUGGGAGACAAUAUUCAAGGGGAAUGUCUUCGCCAAGGCAUACCUCCGUGAAGGAGAGCCACAUUAUUACGUGAUGUGUCUGCUCUUCGGUAAGCACGAUAUUCGCCAAGAGAACUCACGCACAGUCAUACUAAUCAGUGAUUCGCCGAACCCUACUAUCAACAACACGCUGCAUAUCAUCUCCUCAUCGCCCGAUGACGACGUGAGCUCAUAUGUUAUACCAACGCCACCUAAGUCCGCGAGGAAGCUGUUCAUCGACGAUGCUAUGUCGUGUGUGGGCGCUUUGUGUUGGAUUUCGUCGCUGUCUUAG